AUGAUGAGGGGAGAAGAGGGAGUAACAUCGAACGAUAUGAACAACGACCAUACUACCAAUAUUUACAGUUCCACUGAUUGUGGUAAAAAUCGUAACGGAGACGGUAACGGUAAUUUUAACCAGAUCAGUGAAGCAUGGGGAACGUGGGAAGAGCUACUGUUAACAUGCGCCGUUAAACGCCAUGGUUCUAAAGAUUGGGAUGCCGUCGCAAAGGAGGUUGUCUCCCGGAGCUCUCUCAAAGCCUCCGCUCCGAGUUGCAGGCUCAAGUAUCAAGAUCUCAAGCGUCGGUUCCAAGACUCCGUCCACGACGACGGACGAGGAAAUAACGAAGCUGUGGCGGAGGAGGAGGAAAUCCCCUGGCUCGAGCAGUUACGGAGUCUUCGAGUGGCGGAGCUCCGGCGAGAUGUUCAGCGAUGCGACGAGUCGAUACUGUAUGGAGAAUCUCUAUAUCUCCGCCGCUGGAUCUUAAAACUAGAGGAGGAGAACGAUGGAGACGAUAAGCCAGAUCUGGAAGACGACUCUAAGAUAGUUAGAUCGCUGCCGUCGAUGAACGAGUCCAAUUCCACGGCCUCCGUUGAUGAAAUCGCCGAUCACGAGCGAUUAGGCGGGGAUCAAACGGUUCAUGCCAAUGACAAUUCAGGAAAUUUAGAUCCCGAUCGUAAGGCGACGGCGGCUGUGGAGGAGACAGUUAGUAGAAGAUCGGGGAUGAGUCACUCCAGCGAGUUGGGUGAGUCGGGAACGUCCACAGGUCAUCGGAAGAGGAAAGCUAAUAUCUACGGUGGAAGCGGCGAUAAUAAACCGGGCGGAAUUAAAUCACAGCCGUUGAUAGAAAUCAUUAAGCUGAUUCGGUCUCAUCCGCGAGGAUCCGUGUUCGAAUACCCGCAAAAGAGCCAGGAGACGAAGGAUUACAAGAGAUUGAUAAGGCAGCAUUUGGACAUUAAAACAAUAGAUAAAAGGAUGGAGAAAGGAUCUUAUGCUUCUUCAAGUCUCUCCUUUUACAGAGACCUCAAACUUCUCUUCACAAACGCCAUUGUUUUCUUUCCUACGUCUUCCUCAGAAUACAUGGCUGCACAAGAGCUCAGAACCCUCAUCUCUAAAGAGAUGAAGAAAGAUACUGGAAAAUCGAGUCAUCGUAUCAUCAAAUCAGAGGGUGGGUCUUUGGUUUCUAAACAAAAAACUUCUGCUCCUCUUGUUGUGUGUAAGAAGAAGAGCUCUGCUUCGAGAAAAACCUUUCCUUCCUCCUCAAGCUUCAAAGAAAAAAAUGAAAACAAAGUUUUUGAGGAUAAGGAUGUGACUAUCACUACUACAAGAAGCUCGAGGAGAAUAAGCAAAGAUAUUGACGUUGUAGCCAAAGAUAACAAAAUGGGAAGAUCCAAAAACAAUAACAAGAAACAAACAGAUUCAUCAAGUGAUGAUUUUGAUAAGGAAGAGACUCCUAAGACAGUGAAGAAGAUAGCAUUAGAGAAGAAGAAGAGUGUGGCUGAAUUCUUGAAGAGAAUCAAAAAUAACUCUCCACAGAAAGGAAAAGAAACAACAAAUAAAGAUCAGAAGAAGAGUGAUAGAAAUAUUAAGAAAGAGAACAGUAAAGCAAAACCGAGGGAACUGAGGAGUAAUAGCACCGGUAAAAGGAAAAUUGAAGUAGAGAAUACUGAAAAUAAAAGUUCAUUGAAACGAAAACAAACGAAAAGGAAAGCAGAUGAAGUGACUGUUGCAGCUACGGGAAAACGAGGUAGGGAAUCAGGAAAAGACAAACAAGAGUCAAAGAAGAGAAGCAGAAGACAAAAUUGA